AUGGACCAGGCUUUUCCACAGCAAACCGCCUGGAAGGUCCCCAAGGACUCAGUGGCUCUGGAAACAGCAAAGAAGUCCACACGUAUUAAAUCCCAGACACCUCCUUCUUCAAAGUUUGUUCAGACUAAACAACAGAGAAAGCAGAGUCUCCAGGUUAAAACUAACCCCACGCCAAGUCUUCAUUCAAGAAGACUUGAAAGAGAAGGUAUUUCUACUUCCAAAGACCCAACAGUGAGGCGUGAGCCAAGAAGGAGUAGCACUUCCCACCUGUCUGUAAUAUCCAUGCAAAGACAAGCAGCAGGCACCAAAUCCAUCUCAAAGACCAAAGAACUGGUAGCCGGCCAGCACCAAGCCCUGAGGUUUAGAAGAUCUGGAUCUUCCCAGAAGACCAUCACAGACAAGUACAAAAAAGCCAAUGAGUCCUGCAGUAACAGACAAUCCGUAGCAUCGUUAGGGCCAGAUAUGAAAGAAAAAAGGAAGGUCCUUCCUGAGAUGAAAACCAGCUUGAUCAUUGCCACCAAAAAAUGUCAAUUUUUGGAUGCAGAUGAACUUAGCAGAGUUGAAGAGGAGAACAUUCGGCGCAUGACAGCAUUGAUCUUGGGACAGAAAAGACUCAUGGACCGUAAUGAAAUGCAAAAAAACUCCUGGAACUCUACAGCUCUUGACGAUUACAACCACGUGGGUUUUAAUCUGAGAUCAAAUAUAUUUCAAGGUGGCCCACUGGAGACCCGAAGCCUGAUGAAAGAUUCCUACACCCCUGACAUAUUUCAGAAGGCAACCAGGGAUCCUGAGAAUUGGUACGGGAGGAAGAUCGACGAGCUAGGGAAAUGGCACAGGAAGAACGCCCUGUAUAAUAACCUGCAGAGAGCAAUGAAGGAGAAGAAUGGAAAGGGAAAAGAAAGGACUUAG